GAAUUCACAUCGAUAAAAUGUUGAUUGAAAUAAAUCCCGAAAGAUUACCAAUAGCCUUAUGCCUGUUAGGUGGAUUUAUAAUAUGUUUUGGAUUGGUAUCGUACUUUAUCAAAGAACGGUUAUUUUUGUCGGAAGCACUGGUAUCGGUGAUAGCAGGAAUUAUAUUGGGCCCCAAAGUAUUAGGUUUACUUCAUUCAGAGGAUUGGGGAUCAAAUGAUAUUAUACAUGGGUUUACACGGACGGUUAUCGCUAUUCAGAGCAUAUAUGGUCAAAGAAAUGAAAUCCUUGAUUGUUCUAUUGAUACCUGUAAUGAGUUGCAUGUGGCUCAUAAGUGGAUUGGCUAUCUGGCUAAUGAUACGUCCUAUUACUUAGAGGCAUUGCUCCUGGCGUCUUGUGUGACACCUACUGAUCCAGUCUUGGCAAAUUCUGUAGUCAAAGGGAAAUUUGCAGAGUUGUUCAUCAUGGGUUUCAUGGCGAUUAUUGGUAGCGAUGAUUUACUGGCGUGUUUCAUAGCUGGAACCUCCUUUACCUGGGAUGAUUGGUUUCGAAGGGAAACCGAGGAAGCUCACCUACAAGAGGUUAUUGACUUGUUGCUCAACAUCGCUGUGUUUGUGUAUAUAGGUUUCGAAGAAUAUCAUGGUAGUAAUAUAUCAGAAUCAACCACCAUAGAGAUCAUAUCACCACGUGAGGAUGUCGAGUAUCAAAAAGAUGAUUCAUCUGAAAUACACGAUUCUUACGUUCAUGAUGUUGAGCCGACUGCAAAACGGGAUUCAAGAAACUCAUUCGACACAGCAGUUACAAGAUCAUCUCAUGAUUUGAAUUUAGAUCAAAUACGCGGUUAUACAUCACGGCAACCACAUGAAAUUAAUAUAAAUAUACCCCAUGACAUUUCUAAACGACGACAAUCGAAAGCGGAGAAAAUCGAUGAGAGGUCACGAUUCGAUCAUGAUCAACUUGGACCGCUAAGUUCGAAGUAUGCUAUCUGGGACGAAGGAGAUAAUUACAUUAUUGAAAAUUACGAGGGAGAAGAUAUUAGGGUGAUACCCUCUCCCUAUGCGCAUCACCGUAAUCGUGAAGGAGAAAGUGGCGGUAGAGUUGGUGAAAGAAAAUGGGGAAAUUGGAAUAAAUUACGUUUCUUCAAGAUGCCAUUUAAGAAGUCAAAGGCCGAAGAUAAGGAAAAUAAGGAAAAUGCUGAAGAUAAGGAAAAUAAGGAAAAUGCUGAAGAUAAGGAAAAUAAGGAAAAUGCUGAAGAUAAGGAAAAUAAAGAAAAGGAUGUGAUUAAAGAUGACAGAACGGAUAAUGGUGAAAAUGAAGGAGACGAAAGCGGUAGUAAAGGCGGAAAUGGUAAAGGUAAAAAUAAGGAUACUGGUGAAAUGGG